AUGCCCGCAAUCUCUUCGGAGAUUUGGAAAAAAUACGGAGAGCCGCAACUGGUUGAUACAGACUUGUACUUCAUCUCCAAGCUCAAGAAGUUAACCCCAAAGCGGGUGGAUCGAAGGGUUGGCAACGGGGGUACUUGGAGCGAAACUGAAUCCUCCAAAUUGGUUGAAAAGGUCUCUGGAAAUCCCAACCCAAACCCCAUUGGCCGAAAGAGAGUUUCGCUACGAGGACCACACAGGGUGGCUACUAGAUGA